AUGAGAAGGACAAAAAAGAACAACGCAAGAGAUGGAAACUCUCUUCAGGACAGGCCUAAGAAGAAAGAAGGCCAAGCCGGGCUUGAGGACGAUAUUGAAGCAAUAUUUUCCUCUGUUGGCUCUUCAGAAGCACACAAGUUGAAGGAAAGAAAAGAAGAUUCGGAGUCCGAUGAAGAGAAGUAUUUUUCUGUUGGAAAGAAUGGCAGAAGAUACCAUGAGGGUCUUCCGAUCUAUACGCCCGAGGAACUUCAUCUUGGAAAUGGAGGGGACACGGAGGAUUGCCCGAUAUAUUGCGACUGCUGUAUGUAA